AUGCCAGCUAGACACGUUUGCCUUGGAUUCUACGGUGCCACGUUCGACUGCAUGCCGUCCACCCGCGAAGUGUCGAUGCAGAAGGCUAAUGUGGCAACUGGCACUGGCACGACGAUUGGCAAGGUAGAUGCGCUCUCGGAUGAAAUCCGACUGUCAAGUCUUCAGUCUGCCCCGAGUCCGAGUCGGGAUACUCUACGACUAUGGACUACGGAGAAUUCUGGAGAUAUCCCCUCGGGGUAG